GAUGAUUCGCUGCUAUUUGGGGGAAUUGGUAAAGGUGAACUCCGGACGGUGCAGCUGAUCUUUUGGUGGUUUUCUAUCUUGACAUUGCUAUUUGCAGCUUUAUCCUCUGCGUUACUAGUCUUUAUUCCUGUUAUCAUUUUUAUAUAUCAGAUAUCUUGGGGUAUCUUGAAGUAUCGAGGGAAGUAGAGUUGGCAGGCAGGAUAAUUUUGCUUGACGACUGAAUACAUGUGUGAGAUCGGGAAAGGAAUAAACAACCAAGGCCCAGAUCGCUAAUAUUCAUUUAGGCCUAGCAUGCUAGCAGGGGUUGGGUAGCAAAAAGACGGUAUCAACCCAACACAAUCAACAUCCCCUUAUUUUCAACAGCUAUUAUAGCUAUUGCAAUGGAGCGCAACAACGUGAUAAGUCGUGAUAAGACCGAUGAAGCUAUGAGAGGCGCUAUUCUAGCGCUAAAAGCUUCGACAACUUGGUCGUCGUCAGAGAUAUCAGCUGUCCUAGGCGUGUCGCUCCGCCAGGUUAACCGGAUUUACAGCCGGUCCCUCAAAAAUGGCUUCGAUCCAUCAGUCCGGCCGCUACAAAUAAAUAAUUCCUUUGUAUCGGACCGGCCGAGGAGUGGAAGGCCCAAAAAACGGACGGAGGAAGUCGAACAAGCUAUUGCCGAAAACUACAAGCGCGAUAGUCUCAACGGGGAAAAGUCAUGUGCUGACAUAGCUGCUGAGAUAACACAAGCAGGUCAUCCUGUCUCGUCUACGACGGUGUGGCAUGUGUUGAAAGACGCCGGCCUCCGGAAGUCUAAGCCGAUUAAAAAGCGUGGCCCGAGGAUGAAGAUGAAAGAAAGCACGGCUGAAUCAGUGCAUAGCCCAUACGCAUUGGCCCUUGAAAGGCGAGAAGAAGGUGAUGAGGUCUAAAGUGCUAGCGAUUAAUUUUACUGUACCGCGGCGGCGGCUAUCGAAUCCGUCGUUAAGCAGACGAGAGAUGAUGAAGGAUCUAUUCGAAGUUGUGUGCGGAAACGACGGAAAGGAUAGGUUGUGAAUUCAUGUUCUGGGACUGGUUCAUACGACCAGAAACUCUCUUGUCAUUACUGGAAGCCGGAAACAGUUCAUGAG